UUGUAAAUUUGCAUUUGCAAUGACGUUCCGCUGAGAGUGGUUGUCUUCGUGCGGGUCUUUAUUGGCGUAAUAUUAUUGUGAGACAUUAAUUGUUUCCGAUUCUAUCAGCGGCCGUUCGCUAGUUUCUAGCAAUGGCGGACGAAGAUAAUACCUGUGACGAUGGCACUGAUUUGAAGGCGGGCCAGGCUUUCCGCUUACGAGGCCGAAAAGGUGCCCUGAAGAAGAAGAAUGUUUACUUGGUGAAGGAUCACAAGUUUAUGCCAAGGUUCUUCAAGCAGCCGACGUUCUGUUCCCACUGCAAGGAUUUCAUAUGGGGAUUUGGAAAACAAGGCUUUCAGUGUCAAGUAUGCAGUUUCGUGGUCCACAAAAGAUGCCACGAGUAUGUUACGUUUACGUGUCCCGGUGCAGACAAGGGGGCCGAUUCCGACGACACUCGUACCAGACACAACUUCAAGGCUUACACCUACUCUUCGCCAACAUUCUGCGAUCACUGCGGUUCGCUACUGUACGGCCUGCUCCACCAGGGCCUCAAGUGUCAAGCAUGCGACAUGAACGUACACAAACGUUGCGAGGAGUCGGUGCCAAACUUGUGUGGUUGCGAUCACACCGAGCGACGCGGGCGCAUACAACUCACCGUCUCCUGCGUUGGCAACAAGCUUACCGUCGUCGUGAAGCAAGGCCGGAAUCUGAUACCGAUGGACCCCAACGGUCUCUCAGACCCCUACGUGAAGCUCAAACUGAUUCCUGACUCUGACAAUGUCAAGAAAAAAACCAAGACAAUCCGCAGCUGCCUGAACCCGGAGUGGAAUGAAACACUUACCUUCGAUCUGAAACCUGAAGAUAAGGAUCGAAGACUGUUACUCGAGAUAUGGGAUUGGGAUCGUACCUCCCGUAACGACUUCAUGGGCUCUCUUUCCUUCGGUAUCUCCGAGUUGAUGAAGGCCCCAGCUGAUGGGUGGUUCAAGCUUCUUACACAAGAAGAAGGAGACUAUUACAAUGUUCCCGUACCCGAAGAGGGAGCUGACUUAGCUCAACUCAAGAACCAGAUGAAGGCUACAAAUGUCGGCCAACGUAGACCUCCACCCCCACCUGAUCGUGAGGUUCCUCAUAAUAUGGCGGCCGCUGACGUCAUCAGAGCGACAGAUUUCAACUUUAUCAUGGUUCUUGGAAAGGGUUCUUUUGGAAAGGUCAUGUUAGCAGAACGACGAGGGACUGACGAGUUGUACGCCAUCAAGAUUCUGAAGAAAGACAUAAUAAUACAAGAUGAUGAUGUAGAGUGUACAAUGGUGGAGAAGAGAGUACUGGCCCUCAGCAGUAAGCCUCCUUUCCUCGUACAACUUCACUCCUGCUUCCAGACUAUGGAUCGUCUAUACUUUGUGAUGGAGUACGUGAACGGUGGGGAUCUCAUGUUCCAGAUACAACAGUGCGGGAAGUUUAAGGAACCGGUUGCUGUCUUCUACGCGGCCGAAAUCGCAAUUGGUCUGUUCUUCCUCCACUCCCGUGGGAUAAUAUACCGGGAUCUUAAACUUGACAAUGUCCUGCUCGAUCAGGAUGGUCAUAUUAAAAUUGCCGAUUUCGGUAUGUGCAAAGAGGGCAUCACUGGUGACAAAACUACCAAGACCUUCUGUGGUACUCCGGAUUAUAUAGCACCAGAGAUCAUUCUAUACCAGCCGUAUGGAAAGUCGGUGGAUUGGUGGGCGUAUGGUGUCCUUUUAUACGAGAUGUUGGUGGGACAACCUCCAUUCGACGGUGAGGAUGAAGAGGAACUGUUCGCGGCUAUCACUGAUAAUAGUGUAUCCUAUCCGAAGACUUUGAGCAAGGAGGCAAAAGAUGCGUGCAAAUCUUUCCUCACCAAGAUCCCACAGAAGCGUUUGGGUUGCGGAAUGCGGGGCGAAGAAGAUGUGCGCACUCACCCCUUCUUCAGGCGAAUCGACUGGGCAAGGAUUGAGGCCAGGGAUGUGCAGCCACCUUUCAAGCCUAAGAUCAAACACCGUAAGGACGUGUCUAACUUCGACAAGCAAUUCACGGCUGAAAAAACGGAGCUGACGCCAACAGAUAAGCUCUUCAUGAUGAACCUCGAUCAGACUGAGUUCAUGGGUUUCUCUUUCCUCAACCCAGAGUACGUGCAGCACGUCUGAACUGGUGGAAGCCGCACUUUGAAAUUCUUUACGUGACUGACGUAUUGGCCUUGAAAUCACCAACUGUCGUUCUCUGUCACUCAUGCGAUCCAUAUUAUAUCUGUCUCGCUCAUUUAUAUUGGACGUCGAUCUUCAAUUUUCGAGUACUUCGAUUGCUCAUAUAUUUAUUUUUAAACGAGUGGUAUUAGUCAAGUAUUACAUACAUGACUUUGGUUUCACCGGCCUCAAUGGUCUGAAGUCCCCGAAGACUUAGCCGGUGAAUAUUUAAUUAUGGCAAUAAUUUUGUUAAUUAAAGCAAUAUAGCUCUCUAAUUUACAUUCUUUGCUUUCCCACGUGCCAUUAAAUAAAUUCAUUAUUCAAUAGGCUUGUAUAUAGGGUGUUUUAUCUUUAACAUCUCGGGGCCACUUGUCUUACGGUUUCAGAUCAUUUAAUGUCAUAUCCAUAUUUUUAAAUCUCACAUAUCAGUGUGUUGGUUAGUUUGUUUUUUGUUUUACUAACGGACUAGCGAUAUAGUUUUAAUUCUAGGUUUACUAAAUCGAAUAAUCUCGAUUGUGGUCACAAAAUAAAUUAAAUUCUGAACAUAAAAAUCAAUUGAAAACCAUAAUUGUAUAGAAACUUUUUACAAACUUUUGUUUCUUCAAAAAGGUUUAAAAAUAGUUUGGUCCUUUACAGACUAUAGAUGUCUUUUAUUUAAAAAAUAUGCAUUUUAAGUAAAGAAACACAUAUAAUGAAUUCAAUUUCUAAUCACUAAAUUUUACAAACUGUGGUCACGGUUACAAUAACGUGUCGAAAAGUAUUCAAAUUCAACAUGCAUACUUAUAAAAUCUUUUUGAAUGCAGGCGUUUAAAUUCGCAAUAUAUAUUUUAGAUUUAUCUAUCAAAUCUUUAAUCUAUAUUUUUCAAUAUAACAAAAAAAUAUAUACGAACAAAUAAUUAUUGCGAAUUGUAUAUUUCUACCGGUCUUACUCAAAAUUGUGAACAAAGGGAUAUAUACUAUAGAUGUUGUGUUUUAAGAAAAAAUAUUUGCAGUAAUAAAUAAUAGACGGUAUUUUUUUCUGCAAAAAAAUAGGUAAAAAAAUGUAAUGUGUUUAAAAUAUCGCUAGAUCCUAUUUAUAUCUCUUAGGAGAAUCUCGAGUUUAUUUUUGUAUUUUGGAGAUUUAUCGCAGCGCGACUGUGUUUAGAUUUAAGUUCAAAGUUUACGUUUGUUAUUUAAUUGUAUGUGUGUCCAUUGCGCGAUUAUAUUCUAUUGACUAAUUUGUUAUAAGAUUUUAUUUGUAAAUAAUAUAAUCGCGUAGUGUUAAAUAAAUAGCCUUACUAACUUAAAAUAAUAAUAAAUAAUAUAAAUAAAAAAUAAAAUAAAACUCUCGCUAGAAUAAAUGUGAAUUUAAAAUUGGGAAGCAUUCGAUUCUAAAUUGAAUUAAUAAAUGACUUUUAGAUGUUUAAACAGAUGUUCAAAUACACAAAAGGUGAUCAAAUUUAUUGAAUCACUAUUGAGUAUUCGGACAUAUGCGUUAAUACUUUUCAAUCUUCUGAAAGGAUAUGCGGUUUCUAUAUUUUACUAACAGAUGAUAAUUUUAAUUGCGAUCGUUGUUCUUCAUUAAUAUUAUGAAUUGCAUAUUUAGUCAAUCUUCUAUGUUGAUUUUUAAACUACGGUUAUCUGUUAGUUAAAUAUUUACAAUUUGGCCUUCUAGAAGAUUUAGUACGUAGAUUUAAGGAUCUUAGAAAUUAUUCUUUAAAAUGGCUUCGUGAUUUGUAUUAAGUUUCUCGUCUUAGAUCUAAGCUAUGCGAUUCAUUUUCUUACUAUAUAUAUACUUAUCUAUAAAUCGAUUUUAUAUUAUACAAUUUUAAAGGGUAUCAUACACUGAAACUCUAAAUUUUAGCUACAAUUUAUUGGCACCGAUAAAAAAAUAACAAAUGCCAAAUUAUCCAGUAUAGCCCUGAAAAUAAAUUACUUCUUUAUAUACAUUUAUUUUUUUAUAAAGAUGAUAGCUUAUUUUUUCUUAUUAUCAUCGAUACUCUUUCGUCUCUUUCUGUUAAAUAUUGUUUACGCUGAGUUGAAAAGAGAUAGUUCAGUGGUAUAGUUAUAACAUGAUUUGCUUUAUUUGUGUGAAAACAGUCGCAUAAGUAAGAAAAUGAGUCUUAUAAUCGUCAGCUGGAGAGGGAAUCACAAGUAGACGCAAAGCGUUUCCCCAAACUCCAUUAAUAAACCAUAUGAAAAAGCUCGCUAAAUAUCAGAAAGACAACAGUACUUUAGAAAAGUUAAAAAAAUCGCACCUCAAGUCUUUUCGUAUUUUGACUCUGCUUAAGUAAACAUUUCUGCAAAAUACAGUCUAAAUGGUAGAAUAAAACCCACAAUAGUGCGUCUAGUAGAUAAGAUCAAAGAUUAUUAAGAGAAGAGUUUACCUGAUCCUGAAUAGCUUACUCAAAAAUAGAUAGAUAUUUGAAGCAUUACAUGCUUGAACUGUUCUACUAAUAUUGACUAUUUUCCAAAUAAUAUAACUUUGCGUAGAGUGUAAUUAGUAUAAAUCAUACGUAUUGCAAUAUUAGUUCCUAUCAAAUACUCAGAUACAAAACUUUAGAUUGUCUUCGCUUAAAAAUAUAGAUAUCGAAUAUGUAAUACUAAAUAUCCACGUUUUCCAAAUAGUGAACGGUUCUCUUCGUACCGAGGCCUUCGCACGAACUUCACGAUUGUUUCGUCUUCGUGAAUAAGUAAUGUCAGAUUUCUACGAUUUGAUCGCGCCGAUUUUUUCAAAUAUACUUAUGUAGUUAUAUUCGAACAAUACAUGUACCUGCUUCCGUUUGUUUCUAAAUGUAUAUCGUUGUUCUAGUGUUUAUGUUCUUAUUGUUCGUGCUACGGUUCGUAUAUAAAUGGAAAGUCUUGACAGAUCAUUAUGAUAUAAAAAUAUAUUAGAUAUUUUUGGAAUUAUCAAAACCAUUCAAAACUAGUAUUGUGCUGCUGAGUAUUGAUUCUUUCCACGAAGCAUUGUAUUUUGAGAUUAUUUCUAUCUUAAGAAGUGAAAUAUUAUAUAUAAGAUCUCACUUGUAUAUAAGCACAAGGUUUUAUCAUCUUGCAUUUUAGCUGAAAUAUCCAAAACACAUUAUACCAAGAGUACGUGUUAUUUUCGUCAGAUUCAACUAAGUAUUUUUCAACGUGAACUUUAUUUAAAUUUGUGGUAAUGUGUUCAAUAAGAAAAUAAGUUAUAUAUUUUUAAUUAUGAAUUAUUAAUAUUUAAAGAUUAGUUACCAUUCGAUGCUUGUCAAAUUUUCCAGUAUUUAUUAUAACCUUCAUAGGGAAAUAGGCCUAAAUAUCACCUUAUUAAAUUAAGCCCGUAGAUGAUACAGGAUUUUAGGUAUAAAUUUUAUCUCGAUUUAAAUAUACAUUUUAAAUAUUACGGCGUCGUAUUUAAUGUAUCACGUCGCCUGUGCCAAAAGUGUAACGUUUUCCCCAAAAUUAGUAUUAUCGUAUCGCUAAUGUUGCAUUUUUAAAUGUUGAGUGUUGCCAGUGUAAAAUACAAAGAAUCGAAUGACGUAAAAAAGUUCAAAAAGUGUUUUCGAAUUCGCUAUCCGUAUUGAGCCAAAAAAAUAGCAGUAAAAAAUAAAACAUUCACAUUUUUUUAUACACUGGUAGCAUUAAACAAAUUAUUAUCACCUUUUUGAUAUCUAUUACCAUUGUUGCACCUUGGGUUAGAUUUGUAUAACUUAGUAGGUGAUUUCAAAUUUUGUGGACUGUUACGUAUUUUAAAUUACAUCUAAAAUACAUAACCACAGAAAAUAAAUCAAAUAUUCAAUAGGUCAAAUUUCCUUAUUGAAGAUAGCUAACAGUUCAGUAAAUUUUGAAGCCGCCUAGCACUAGAUUAGUGUUCCUAUGUAGGACUCUUUUGACCAUGUUUCCGACAAUAUUAUAUAUUUUUUAUGAAACUCUUGUGCCUGCCCACAUCUUUCCAUCUGUUACACUUUGUUACUCUGUGAUAUCAU